UGGGGCUCCAUUUUGGACGCCGUCUUCGCUGCGCCAAGUUGGGGGAACCUGUUGCUCGUCACGGAGGCGCUCCCGCCGAACUCGGCCCCGCACCGGGCGCUCGCGGCCGGCCGGCCGGCGUCCUGGCUUCGGUGAGCGGCCCGCGGGGCCGGCCGGGCGGCGGCGGCGCGAUGUGGCCCGAGGGCGCGGACGAGCGGCGGGGGCCCGAGCAGCCCCGCGACCGCCCCCGGAGCCCCGCGCGCGCCGCCCUCGAGCGCGAGCACGUGCGCGCGCACCUGCGGGCCCGCCUGAAGCUGCUGGAGGUGGGGAUCCUGCUGGACCGGCUGCAGAGCGAGGUGGACUCGGUGGAGGGCGCCGUGGGUCAGGGCCGCUGCGGGAGCGGCGAGGCGGAGGAGCGGGUGCUGAAGCUGUACGAGAAGGCGGAGAGGAAGGCCGCCGAGGUGGCGCGGAUGGGUCGGAGGAUCGUGGAGCUCCACGGGCAGAUCGACAGCUGCGGCUUCUCCUGAAGGGCGCGGGCGCGGAAACUUGAGGUCGGAGUUCUGCAAGAGAGAAGACGCUACUUGGCUGCAGUUGCUGAAGCAAGAAGCCAGACCCCCUUCAGGGAUGUGGACGCCACCGCUUUGGAUCAGAUUGAGAGGGCCCCCGGUGAGAUCGGGGGCUGUUGG